AUGAACGUGUCCAUCGAAAGAAAGCGAAACGAUUGUGUAGCUCUGCCGAAGGGCUGGCAGCGCGAGGAGGUUCUCCGUAAGACAGGCCUUUCGGCUGGGAAAGUCGAUGUUUACUACUACAGCAGAGGAAUGCGAGCAGACACAUCAUUAAUCCCGCCGAUCCGACAAACGGCUUCGAUCUUUAAACAACCGGUGACGGUCGUAAGAUCACAGGAAACCGACAGUAGCAAAGUGAAGCGCGAACUCCAGCACGGCAGUCAGGUUAAACCGAAGCAACUGUUUUGGGAAAAACGUCUAGAAAACCUAGGUGCUAGCAACACGCACAACGAAGAGAUUGGCACGAUCGAGCUUCCGAAGCGGUUACGGCCGAUUGGGCCUGGCAUUCGUGAGACAACGGUCCUGCAAUCGUUAGCGACCUCCCUGCAUCACAACACGCAUCCCGUUACCGGACAGACGGCAUCCAAAACGUCUCUGAACACGAACGUCGGUGUGUUUAUCAACCCGCACCAACCGCUAAUGACGAACGCUACUAUCACGGAGGAGGAUGUUAAGCGGCAGGAGGAACGUGUUCAAUACGCUCGAUUGCGACUUCAAGAGGCUUUGCGGGCCUAGUUUAAUGAGUGCAAGCAGUGGAACCAACAUUGCCACGUGUUUCAUCCGUAUCGGAGUACCAACCUUACUUUAGCUGGUCGAUACACACUACUUUACUGCUAGAAGUGAUUCUUACUUUUUAUUAUUCGUGUAAGCA